CAAAACAUCCAAAACAAUGUUUUCAUCAUCUGUCUCAGAACGUACCAUUUUGGUCCCGAUCUUGGCCGUAAUAGCCACACAACUCUUCUUUAUACACAGUGUUGCGUCUGUAAACGAUACCAAUGCGUAUUUAUACCACAAAUGCUUAGAGAAGGAUGGAAAAUAUAAGUCAAAGAGUCUAUACGAGAAAAACCUCAACAGUCUCAUCUCAAACACUUCUGUAAAAGAUUACCUCUAUGGCGUUUAUGGUUAUCGUCCUGACACUGUCUACAUGGUUAUCCAAUGCCGUGGUGACUCUUACGGCUCCAAGUGUAAUACAUGCCUCUCCACUGCUUACUCCGAGCUACGUAAAAGAUGUCCGAUGAACAAGGGGGCAAUCGUAUGGUUUGACCGAUGUCUUCUCCGGAUUUCUCCGACCACUUUCAUAAACGAGAUGGAUCUCAAGAACAAGUUCUAUAUGUACAACAUGAAGAAAGUGAGAGAUCCGGCGUCGUUUAAGGCUAAGACAAAGGCUCUUCUCACCAAGCUGGCAAAGGAAGCCACUCGUAAAGGUUCAGAGAGGUCUCCUGCACAGGAGUAUUACGAGCCAGGGGAUAUGAAGCUCGACGGGAAGAUGACGCUGUACGGAAUGGUGCAGUGCACGCGACUUAUAUGGAACACAGAUUGUAAGAAAUGUUUGGAUACGAUUAUUGGGGAGCUUCCUAAUUGUUGUGAUGGCAAAGAAGGAGGAAGAGUAGUGAGUGGGAGUUGUACCUUUAGGUAUGAGAUUUACCCUUUUCUUGACACUCAAAGAUGAGAGCUCCAUGUUUUUUGUGUUCUCCUUCAUUGGGGAUGCUAUAACAUGUUUUUAUCAAGAGAUAAUCUCCUAUAUAUUAUUUGAGAAACAUUACAAC